CAAUUAUCGAACCUUCCUGAACCAACGCUACCUUCCAUUGUCUCGGGAAUUUCUCUAACCAUACAUAGUUCGAUCAGUCUCAGUUGUGUAUCUAAAACGGACAUCCAAUACCCAGCCGACGACGAUUCCCGCCGUUCUGACAUUAUGCCGGUAGUUUACUCGAAACUAGACGCAUUACCACUGCCCUUCCUCUAUCUUCUAGAGGUCCUUAAGCACUUGGAUCGGACUGGGUGGAAGAGAUGGCUUGACCGGCCUGAGAGUGUAGCCGCUUAUAUGUAUCGGCUGGAAUUUCUGGUGAUGUUCGCGCCAACAGGCGUCGAUAAGGAAAGGUGUAGGUGGAUAGCAUUUUGUUACGACAUUGUAGAGUCGUUUGCUGGAGACAUCCUAACGUAUGCUCCUGUUUCUAAAGCUGAGAAGUAUAAACUCGAAGACUUUGGCAUCCGAUAUAUCGAGAGCUUGUUACAACUGGUUGACCCAAAGCUUGGUGCAAAUAUCCGGGCUGUAUGGGAAGAGUACGAAAAUGGCAACACUCCUAAAGCGACACCAGAAGGCAGAUGGGUACGAGAGAUGGAUAAAUUUGAGUGUAUGAUAUAGGUAUAUGAGUACGAGCAAAGUAUAUACGGAGAGCAGAACUCGGAGGAAUUUCAAGGACAGACAAAAUAUAUCCAUUCUUAGGAAGGAAAGGACAUGUUAGAGCUGUUGCAGCAAGAGAGACAGGCUUACUUCCAAAAGCGAAGCCAGCGAACUCCUGUUAUCUUCGUCAAAGGUACAUUUGGUGUUGACACGAAGACUCAAUGCGACCUUUUAUGCAAGGGAUUUGAUUUUCAGCACAUAUCC